AUGCGGGCCGCCUGGGAAUCAUCUGUUGACGUUGCUUGGGCAGCUGGAAACCAGGCAAUAUUCAACUACCUUAUCUCGCCUUAUAACUGUCAAGCAACAUGGAUCAACGCAACACGGAAGCGCAUUGAUUGGCAGGCAGCAAUGUUGAGUGACUCGAAAAUGCUAGCAACAGCAUCGCUCAAGCCACUUGAGCCCGAUAUCAGAAUCUGGUCGGAUCUUGACUUUUAUCUCCUUCCCUAUCUUCGGCGUUUAAGGACUCGUCGUGAAGAUCUUAGCGACACGUACGCCACCCUCCUUCUCGGGAGACUUGUGAAGCAUCUAUAUCAUGAUGAUACGAAGUAUCCCGACGAUUGCACGUAUUUGGUUGAGUAUCUUAUUAGAUGUAAUGCCAAUGCGCUCAUUACACCCAAGGAACUUGAGUCUAUCCAGGAGCAAGCUUUCAUGGCUCAAUUUUGUGUGGGAUUACGGUACCACCCAUACAUUUUUGAACCGAUGCGUCACUAUUUCGGCGGAUAUGAUGAAGAUGUGGAACUCACCGUCAUAGACAUAGCAUACUGCAUUGCCCCUGCUCUCUACCUUGCGUACAAUGACAGGAGGCAAAGCUUGCCGCGGAAGCCAACUCUUGCGGGUGCUAUGAACGCAUUGAACCUUGGUUUGGAGUUCUUCGAAACCUACUUGCAAGUGAAUCGGUUCACUGAUAUUGAGAAACAAAAUCGGUUUCUGCACAAUACUCUGGUGCAUCUAGCCCAGCUCUCAAAGCGAUGGACGACAGAACACCUCCGAAUGCUAUUGCUUGCCGGCGGUGAGAGCAUGGACUCUCUUGCCGCAAAGGUCUUGCACCUGUUCGUCAACCUCGUUGCGCUUCCUCCAGAGUCUCCAGAGCGCUCUCUCAUCCACAACCGAGCGGUCACACUCUUGCUGGAAACAGGGUGCCAAAUCAGUCCAAAGGCUUUAUUGAACGCAAUUCGGUCGGGCAAUACAGAUCUUCUGUCAAUUUUGGUCAGCUACUCUGACUUGAGAAAAAUUGGGCCCUUUUCCCUCUGCGCUUCUGUUUGGACAGACAAUACUGAUUCUCUGAAUCUUCUUCGAAUGCUAGGGAUCGCGGUCAGUAAUGUGGAGGUCGGCAGCGUGACAUAUCCAUCCCACCCCGGCUCUUUUCGCUCUCGCCAUACUUUCUUUGGGGAAGAGCUGACUGAUGCACGGCGCGACGAUUGGUAUUGCUACGAUGUGAAGAGAGACCAAUACCCAAUGAGUCUACUUCAGGCUGUCGGCAAGGGUUCCGAAGAGCAUCUUACUCCUGUACCGAUGAUCAUGCGUUGUCUCGACCUUGCCAAAAACGGAACUACCAAAGCACCGCAAAUAUACCUCUACGAUCUGCUCUUGGGCUGUCUAGAAAGCCGUGCUCACCUUAGUACAACCUCUGAGGUAUGCCAGCUGGUCAAGUCAGAGGGCCUCGAGUUCAGUGACCAACCACUGCGACCAUCACUCAUUGAAGCCUUCCUAUGCACGCUCAACAAUUUUGGGGUUGCCACGCCUUUUGAAUCUCGAUCGACUCAUGAUACUGAACGGCCCGGUGUUUUGGAACCAAUAUUCAGGUUCCUGGUUAGCAAUGGCACGCCGUUGCCCAAAGAUGUAAUUUCCUGGCUCUUGGAAGUCCACGCGAGCAACGACCUGAUACUCUUCGCUCUCGAUUGUGGAGCAUAUACGAAUACGCACGCUAGCCGGUGGGAGUGGGAAGGCAUCCUAUCAUCGAUAGCGUUACGUGAUCGGCUCCCAUUGCUAAGAGGGAUCUUGGAGCGACGUUGUGUUGAGAUCAACCCUGUCGACUUGGCCACGGCGUUUGGAAUAGUAAAUUCCAGCAGAAUUCAAGCGUCACCUCUGGAGAGACUUGAAACCUUGCAAUUUAUGGAACAGUUUUCUCCCGAUCUUAAGAUACUUUCGAACAGCACGAUUGCCAAACUAGCAACGGAUAAUGCAUGCUUCGGCCACGUGGAUGGCAUGAUUAUCCUUAUUCGCCACGGCCUCGACAUCAAUGCGGUUAUUCACAUCUCGUAUGGAACGAUUGGGGACACUCGUUGCCUAACAGCUCUAGACAGUGCGGCUUCGGCUGGGUAUCUAGACAUGGUGCAGUUGCUUUUGAACAGCGGCGGUAUGAGUGCGGUCCCCGGCGAGACAGGUUGUGAUGGUGCGAUUGCAAUGGCUGAAUGGUGUGGGCAUCAUGCCGUUGCGGAAUUGAUUCACAAGUGGGUAGAUCUGGGAGUUCAGUUGGGUAUUGAGGACGUUGCGCGGUUGCAGGAUGUCUCUUGA